AUGGAGUACCAUUCAGCUCGAAACCAUUACGUGGACCGGAUCAGGACUGCAAAGCGCGACCACUGGGAGGCCUGGCUGGAGUCGGCUGAUAGCGACUCAGUCUGGACAAUCAACAAGUUCACCCAAGCUGGCCCUACAGAUGGGGGCAGGACCUGGAUCCCACCACUCAUGCCGACGAAUGGUGUCGGAGAGCUGAUAUCAGACAACCAAGGUAAGAGCGAAAUUCUUUACGACACUUUCUUUCCCCCUCCAGGCAUAACCGCGACUCCACCAACCAAUGUCACCUACCCACCUCCUGCAUUCCUCUUCACUCCGCCAACAGAUGCCCAAAUAGAAGCUGUAGUUAAACGGCUCAAAGACUUCAGGGCACCGGGUCCGGACAAGACCCCGAAUGAGGUAUACAAGCGGUGCAUCGACAUCUUACUCCCUUACUUAGGACCACUAUUCUGA